GGUAAGAGAAGAAUGCCGCCCAAGGAGGGAGAGAAGGACGAGCUAGAUGUUGUCAAGGGCGAGAUCCAGGCCAAGGACUUGCAAAUCCUGUGCAGCAAUGACAAGAUCGCCAGGCUUGAGGAGCGGGCGUUCAAUCUUGGGAGCGUCAUCAAGGAGACGCGCAGGCAAGCUGAGGACAGGGACAAGAUUCUGGAGGAUCAGAUCGGCGCGCUCACCAGAGAUGCAAAGGAAUUUGAUCGGCGAAGCGAGGAGAUGGAACAAAUUAUCGAAACGCUCAAGAAGGAGAGGGCUGAGUCUCAUGCCGCGCUUCUGGCGGAGCUCAACGAAUUGAAAACCACUCACAGGAUCCAAGUCGAAGCAAUCCAGAAAGAGCUGGAUGAUGCACACAAUUUGAUCCAAGCAGUGAAGGAGUUUACGCUACGAAGGGCCACUAUCGAAAAAGAGAUCCAAACCUUGAAGAACCAGCUUUCCAAGGAAAAGAAGCAACACCAAGAGGCCUUGAACGACGUGGAACGAGUGGCACAACAAGAGCGGGAGAGAUUGCGCAAAGAGAUGGCGGUUAAAAUCGAAGAGACAAAGCUCUUGAUGAUCAAACAAACGGAGGAGCAGCUCCACGUCGUAUGUUUCUCAAUCGGGCUGCUGCAUAAGGAGACAAAAAGAAGAAGUAAACUUGAUUCUUUCUCUGGAAAAACAAAAAGAACGAUUUUGGAGAAUGAGCAGCUAGCGAAAGAGGUUGCCUAUCAUAUCAGACAGACGGAGCUGCUGGUUCUGAAAAAUGGACAACUUCAGCACGAGAACAACGAGCUUGAAGACAAGAUGCUUGCAGCAAAAGAGCUAGAAGAAGAACUUGCGAGGAAAAACCACAGUUAUCAAAAGGCUUCGCGGAUCCUGCUGUUCAAACUUCAAGAGCAACAUCUGGCCGCUAAUAUUGAGGCCAUUGAAGAGAUGGACGAGCUGAAGCAUCUCAUCAACCGUAAUGAGCAGCUCAAAGCCGAAAUUCAGAAAGAACACCAAGAUCUAGAGAAACUAAAAGCAGCGAUAGAGGAGAAAACAAAAUGCGCUGAAUCGGUUGGAGCAGCAGAGGAAGCCGUGAAGUUCCUUUAUCUUGCUCUUGAAGACGUCGAGUUGGAAGAGCUUGCGAAUGUCGACGAAGACACCAGUCUUAUACCGGAGGACGGCGUCGACUUGAACACUCCAACCAACCAUCUCGAUCUGCUACCAAUUCAGCAGCGCCAGGACUUUUUGAAGCACUUGCUUAGAACCGCAAUAUCCUUGCGCGUGAUGAUGCAAAAGGCAAUCUCAUCGGACACUGCCCCGAAAGGACAACCUUCUGUUUUUGGAUCAUGGUCCCAUGUUUUAUACGAGGGCCAAGAAGACAAACCAAGGAUCUCAGUCGAGGAUAUCCUCGCAUUCCAAGUCGACACUAAUGACCUCGACAAUGCAGGCCCACCGAGGAGAGUUUCGUGUGCCAUACAGACAAAUGACGAGUGGGAGCCAACUCCAGAUAGUCUACCCCCAGCUGAUGAGCAGCACUCUUUUCGAUCGAGCUCCUCGUGCAUAGGUCCUGAGAGAAAACGGAUCAACAUUGUCAACCUAGAGUUACACCAACACUCUAGUAAGUGUGUUUUUAACGAAACUUACUCGGAUCAGCUCGCAUGAUCUUUGCUCUUGCAAAUUCCAAUAACUGUGACAAAACAUUUAUUAUGCUUUGAUUCACCCCAUGAAGUAUUAUUCUCAUGCUACAUCUGUUAUCAAAGAAAGAAAUAUUCAAA